UCAUGUCCAAGAGAGACAGGUUAAGUGUAUCAAUUUCUAUAUCACAUUCCCUAUAAGUUUUAUCGGUCCAUUUGGUUUCUUCUCUCAUGAUACUUCAUCUAACUUGCAUUUUCUUUAAAUUACAUUAAUUUAUUUAUCUUUUGGGUCUUAUUUAUCUGCUUCUUCAGUUGACACGUGUCCAUGAAAAUAGACAUAGAAUCUUGGUGUUGUAUUUCCUCAGAAUUAGAUGGACUCUUAAUUGCCUCUAGCUAUAUAUACAAUGAAAAGGUCGAAACAUUAAUUUCAACCGUAGGUCAUUACAAACCUUUAUAUAAAUUAGCCAGUAUGGUAUCAUAUAUAUAUAGGCAUACAAAGUGAGAAAAACUCCAGAUUUUGCUUUAUUUCAAUUUUAUAAGUAAUGAUGGAUAGAUUUUGGUCAUGGAGAUUGUUUGUUGCUCUUCCUCUUUUCCUCCAUUCUCCAAUUUGUUCUUCUGACAAAGCUCCAAACUACUCCUUCAUGCGGGACGCGACAGGAAGUCCAACAACGUCGUACUACGACUAUAUCAUCAUCGGUGGUGGGACCGCAGGGUGCCCUCUAGCCGCAACGCUGUCUCAAAACGCUAGCGUUUUGCUGCUUGAACGCGGUGGCGCACCGUACAAUAACCCUAACAUCACGAGCCUAUCGGCUUUCGGAGCCGCUCUUUCUGACCUGUCUGAGACCUCACCAUCUCAGCGUUUUGUAUCGGAAGACGGCGUCAUUAAUGCACGUGCUCGUGUUCUGGGCGGCGGAAGCGCUCUUAACGCCGGGUUCUAUACACGUGCCGGCACCAAAUACGUUAGGAACAUGGGUUGGGACGGAGCGCUAGCGAACGAGUCGUACCAGUGGGUAGAAGCUAAAGUGGCGUUUCAGCCUCCGAUGGGGCGGUGGCAAAUCGCCGUGAGAGACGGCUUAUUGGAGGCUGGGAUUGUCCCUAAUAAUGGUUUCACUUAUGAUCAUAUCAAUGGCACCAAAUUUGGCGGUACUAUUUUUGACCGCAACGGCCAUAGACACACCGCCGCCGAUUUGUUAGAGUAUGCCGACCCUAAGGAUAUUACCGUCCUUUUGCAUGCCACCGUACAUCGGAUCUUGUUUCGUACUCGAGAUACGACCAAGCCAAUAGCCAACGGAGUUGUGUACCGAGACCGGACUGGUCAGGCUCACCGAGCUUACCUAAAGGAAGGCGCAUUGAGUGAGAUCAUCCUAUCGGCCGGAACCCUAGGGAGCCCACAACUUCUUAUGCUAAGCGGUGUCGGCCCAUUGGCUCAAUUAGAGGCCCAAAACAUCACGGUGGUGAUGGACCAGCCUCAUGUGGGUCAAGACAUGUAUGACAACCCUAUGAAUGCCGUGUUCGUUCCUUCUCCAGUCCCCGUUGAGGUCUCACUCAUUGAGGUUGUUGGCAUUACCGGCGAAGGAACAUAUAUCGAAGCUGCCGGUGGCGAAAAUUUUGGAGGAGGUGGUGGUGGUUCUACUGGAUCCUCCAGUACUAGAGACUACUAUGCAAUGUUUUCACCAAGGGCAACAUUAUUAGAGUCAAAUUCAAUGACCAAAUUAUCAUCAGCCCAACCUUUUCAAGGAGGCUUCCUUUUAGAGAAAGUAAUGGGCCCACUAUCAACGGGUCAUUUAGAGCUCAAGACCCGAAACCCAAAAGAUAACCCGGUUGUGACUUUCAACUACUUCCAACAUCCGGACGACCUAAAACGUUGUGUUCGAGGGAUCCAAACCAUAGAGAGAGUCGUGCAAUCUAAAGCGUUUGCAAGGUAUAAGUACGCAGAUAUGUCAUUUGAGUAUUUACUUAACCUCACCGCGAGUACCCCGGUCAAUCUAAGGCCGCCUCGUAGCGGUCCUGGAGCCUCGUUGCCUCCAUCCGCUGAGGAAUUUUGCCAGCAUACAGUUACAACCAUUUGGCAUUACCAUGGAGGAUGCAUUGUGGGCAGAGUGGUCGAUGGGGAUUAUAAAGUUAUUGGUAUCGACCGGCUUAGAGUCAUUGAUAUGUCGACCGUUGGUUAUUGUCCCGGGACAAACCCUCAAGCCACGGUUAUGAUGCUUGGCAGGUACAUGGGUGUGAGGAUCCUGAGAGAGAGACUCACCAAGAAGUAGGGUUUUGAAUUGGAUCAGGGUUUUUGUGAAAACUUUAUAAUGAAAUGAAUCGAUUUUAUUAACCAAUGUUUUUAAUAGCCGAAUAUGUAUUGUUCUUGAAGUGUACUCAUUAUUGGACCAAAUUGAGAUGUAUAAAGGAAAUAUAUUUUUUCCAAUAAACCCUAGAAUUAUGUAGACUCAUUCCCAAUUUUCAAAACUCCCCUGUUGUCUGUUCCAUAUUCUGGUUCAAGAUCUUUUGUUAUUUUUUUUU